AAGUGUUGUGAAUGACAGGACCCUGACAUCCAACAACAACCACCACCAGGGCUAAAAUCCUGAGGUUUUUAUAAAAAGGGAGAAAGGCGCGUGCACAGAGAGUGAAGCAGCUGCAGGGUUGUUGAGCUGUCAUUCCUGUGAGUUACAUUUUAACAACUUUAUAAUCUUCCUAAACCACGUGGGCAAGCUACCAGGGUUCAUGUGUGACAUAUACAGCCUGGACUCUCACUGCGUGUCUCCACGAUGCAACAUGAGUUGGGCAAUGGAGCCUGCUAACUUCUACGAGAGCACCAAGCUGGGCGCCCCGCAGCAGGGGGUCUGCAAGCCGGGCAGCCGAGGCGACGGCGCGGCCGAGGACGGCACCAUGGUGGAGCUGAGCACCGCCCCUGCCAUGUACGACGAUGAGAGCGCCAUCGACUUCAGCCAGUACAUCGAGUCCAUGACAGCCGUCCCAAACCUGGAGCUGUGCAACGACGAGCUCUUUCUCGACCUGUUCAACACCGUGAAGCAGGAGAAGUUGGAUUUCUACAACAUGCAGAGCCCCGCGCUGCCCCCCAGCAUGCAGCAGCAGCUGUCAGCCACAUACACGGCGGAAAGGAAGGCGGACAGCGGGAUGGAUAAAGCGGUGUUUGCUGCGCCUAUCAAGCAGGAAUCCGACUGGAGUGACAGCGACAUGUCCUCAUCCCUGCCUUCACAGAUCGAGAGCUGCGCUCAGACGUCCGUCAGCCUCACAACAGGGCAGCCGACUCCCCCCACCACCCCGGAGCCCGUCUCCAGCGCCAGUUCGGCCAAAUCCUCCCCACGGAAGCUCGGGAGAGAAAAGUCGAAGAGGGUGGACAAGUACAGCACGGAGUACCGACAGAGGCGAGAGAGGAAUAACAUUGCAGUGAGGAAAAGCAGGGACAAAGCAAAGAGGCGCAACAUGGACAUGCAGCACAAACUGCUUGAACUGAGCUCUGAAAACGACAAGCUUCACAAAACUGUCGAGCAGCUAACCAGAGAGCUCACAGGGCUCAGAGAUUUCUUCAAGCAGAUGCCCAACUCCAACUUUGCGGGCUCCACGAGUGCAGAGAGCCGGUGACAGAUUUAUUAUUCUAUGAACUAAGCUUUUAGGAGACAUACCUCAACAGACAUUUCGUUUUUACCAUCUGUACCAGAUGUAUUUUAAGCUUACCAUAAUGGCACUGGAAAAUAUAUGAUGUUGCUGCCAUAUUUUUGUGGGAUUUUCUCUGUAUUAAAUUAUUUUACCACUGCAUUUACAUGAUGUUAUACCUGACAUGGUACAUGUUUAUAAUUCCAAACUUUGUAUAAGAGCCAGAGCAUGAUCUUUUAUAUAGUUUGUAUGAAACCUUGAAAACAUUUUUGUUUAUGGAAUCUAUAAUAAAAUUGCUGAAAAGGUAAAGAAA